CGGCUGCGUAGCUCUGUUGUCUCCGCUUUCAGUUUCACACGAAGCAAAAUGGCCGUCGCACUCGCUCCCGUGCAGUGUUUGUGUUUAUAUUGAUGAAUUUGUGGUAGUGUCAUGUAUGGAAAAGACUUUGAUUCUUGCGGACUCGGAACACCACUGGCGGGGCUAUUGUAAAGUGCCAAAACUACGACGUGUCUCUGUCUGGAUUCGCGAAAAACAGGCAAGCUCCCGAGCCCCACAAUACCGCAACGUCAUCAUCUUCCGCAUCUUCAUGACGGGAAGUAGAUGAUGACACCGGGGACACGGUGGUGAUCGCCUAGCGUCGUAGCCUCCCCCUGCCCCCACCUUUCACCGAUCGUUCCCGGUCCCCGCCGGCCGGUUUCUUCUAUCGUCCGUCCGCCGGUGGUGACGUUGGUGCCGCCAUGGGCAACAGUUGCUGUUGCUGCGGCAGCGGCCAUCCGGCACCGGAACGGUUGCCAAGCAUUAAGACUGACAGUAAAAUAGCACGAUAUCCUCCAAAUCAACCGUCGGCGGUGAGGUAUCCGGAAAUCAAGCACGACAUCAUCAGGAAACCACCGGCGCCUCACGUCGCCCCCGUAGUCGUCAAGCCGUCCGUCAAGCAGACGCCGACCGCCCCCGGGGGCGGCGCCGGCGUCAAGCCGCACCGCGUGGUGGUGGCGGUCUAUAGUUACGAGGCGCGAGAUUCCCAAGACGUUUCCUUCAAGAAGGGAGACCGUAUGGAAGUCCUGGACGAUUCGGACGGUGACUGGCUGAUGGUGGUUCACCUGACGACGAAGGAGAGGGGUUACAUUCCCGGCAAUUUCGUCGCACCCGAGUUGAGCGUUGAAAGUGAAGAUUGGUUCUUCGAGAACAUCUCUCGCAAGGAGGCGGAGAAAUUGCUCCUCGGCGACGACACGCAACCGCGCGGCACCUUCCUCGUCCGUCCGUCAGAACACAACCCCAACGGGUACUCGUUGUCGGUCAAAGACUGGGAAGAGUUCCGCGGCUACCACGUCAAGCACUACAAGAUCAAACCGCUCGACAACGGCGGCUUCUACAUCUCGACCAAUAAGACGUUCGAAUCGCUCGCCGAGCUCGUCACCGCGUACUCGAAGAACGCUUACGGACUAUGUCACGUGUUGUCGAAGCCGUGCCGCAAACCGCAACCCAUCAUGUGGGAUCUCGCGCCCACUUACAGGGACAAAUGGGAGAUCCCGAGGGACGAGGUGCAACUGAUACGACGUCUCGGACGCGGCAACUUCGGCGAGGUGUUCUACGGCAAGUGGCGGCAAAACACCGAGGUCGCGGUGAAAACGCUCCGCGAGGGCACCAUGUCGACGCAGGCGUUCCUCCAGGAGGCGGCCAUAAUGAAGAAGUUCCGCCAUAAGAGGCUCGUCGCGUUGUACGGCGUCUGCAGCGAGCAGGAACCGAUCUACAUCGUGCAGGAGUACAUGUCCAAAGGCAGUCUGCUCGACUUCCUGCGCAAGGACGACGGCAAACUGCUCGAGUUCGAGGAUCUCGUCUACAUCGCGUUCCAGGUGGCCAGCGGCAUGGAGUACCUCGAGUCGAAGCAGCUGAUCCACCGCGAUUUAGCCGCACGGAACGUCCUGAUCGGCGAGAACAAUAUCGCGAAAAUCUGCGACUUCGGAUUGGCGCGCGUCAUCGAGGACAACGAGUACUGUCCGAAACAGGGCUCCCGAUUCCCGGUAAAAUGGACCGCCCCCGAAGCGAUAGUCUACGGCAAAUUCUCGAUCAAAUCGGACGUGUGGUCAUACGGCAUCCUCCUGAUGGAACUGUUCACUUACGGCCAGGUCCCGUAUCCGGGGAUGCACGGUCGCGAGGUCAUCGAACUGGUUGAGCAGGGCUACAGGAUGCCGAAGCCCACCCUUCAUCCGUUGCCCGACGAGAUCUACCAGAUAAUGUUGAAGACGUGGGACGCGAUACCCGAGAAGAGGCCCACGUUCGAGUUCCUCACGCACUACUUCGAAGGGUUCAACGUCACCAGCGAGGUGCCCUAUAGGGAGGUGCCCGACUAA